UUCCCCCUCGCCCCAGGAAUUCCCUGGCACUAUCCCGUUCUCGGCUUGGCCUCGCAUGUACAUUGUACCGGCUGCUCCGCAUUGUCGCACCUCCCAAGCUUCCCCCAGCACUUUUCUCACCCUCAGCUUGGGGGAGCUUUCGAGGUUCAGUUCCGCGCCCGAUCGACAUGCGCUGAGCUGCUGAGCUCGACUGCUCGACUUUGCCUUACCCUUGUCUUUCUCACCUUGUUCUUGCCCCUUAUGCUCACUUCUCGGCAAACCCCGUUGCUUCUAUCUGUCGCUUGGGACUGUAUCUGUAACACUGCUUCGUCCCGUUCGCUGUCUUCCGGCAUCUACCUCAAUUAGCCCCUGCCGUCUCGACGCCUGCAGCUCUGCCUCGAUCCUUUGGGGUCGUGACGGCGGCAACAAUCCACACCUCUUCGCUAGCGUCGGGGGAUCCCACUAACGCACCUCACAGACAUCGAGUGUCCAACCUCCGCUGGGAAGAGAGUAACAGCUGCCAGGUUUAGGGAAACAUCCAGACAAAGAAACAAACACAGCCUCGGCCGAUGCGAAACGGCUGGCCGUCCCAGCCCGUCUGUGUUCAACGCCCACUCCACCAGUCAGCACUCGACUUCUUCUCUGUCUAAAAUCGUCCUCCUUCGAGAAAGCGGGACAAGCGCAGACGUCUUCUCGCAUUGAUCGAUUCUUCAAGCAUUCCGCAGUUCGCAGGGACUCGGGCAAGGCAUCCCCUGUUUUGGCAUCGCCUGCUCUCUGCCGAGCCAACGCAAAACGCCGUUCCCUUCAGGUUUCCUUCACCCAGACAGACUCCAGACUGUGAUAGAAGUCUCUUCUUUUAAUACCGUCGCACUCGCAUGGGUUGCCGUGCCUAACCUCCAUCUGGCUUGGCGGUGCUCAGUUUAUUACCCUCUUCUUCCUGGUCAAUCAACAGCGUGAAUCUCGGCGUGACGAACCGGCGGAUCGAAACGUUACACUGCGCCCAAUCAUAUUCGAUAACUGUCCGGCUGAGGGAGUAGUCUGAGUAUCGGUCACGUUUGCCAGACUCGACUUCCUCUCCAGACUCCAGAGUGCUGGAGGAUCCAAUCGUCACUUUUCAGCUUCGGGCCCAGUCAACCCCCCCCCCCCCCCCCGGUCCCCCAACUGCACCUCCUGCGUAACCUCCGCCAUCCUACCCCAGGCUCUCCAUCACAUCGUAGGACACACCAUUUCCCCACAUUUUCUUAUUUCAUUCCCGUCUUCUUCAUCUCCCACCACGCAAGGUACGGACACAUUAUCCUUUCGAUAUUGGAGCACACUUCUUGCCCUGCCCUAGGCGCUGGAGGGUUGGCAGCGGAGGACCGGCUGUCACGAGACACGAGGCAUCCAUCGAGCAAACUUGGUUACCUCAGCCCUGCCUGCUUGUUCCUCAUAACCAAGUGCCAGUCAUGAUCCCGUUGGUUUCGAAAUUUCAGCAUGAUCGACGUGGACUGGCUGUCUGCUUGCCGCGCCUCUCCCCCAUUACCUAAGAAAGCUCAUGCAUUACUACGUUGUUACGCCUCCCCUGCCUUCAUACUCUCCUGGUCGACUCCUUUGCCUAAAGCAACAACCCAUGUCUACAGCCACAUCUUUAUUGUCCAAAUUCCCUUCCGUCGAACUCAGUUUGAUCAAUUAGCCUACAGCUGAUCCCCCCUCGCGCCAUUGAACCGUUCCCCAGUUCAACUGCCGGCAAUUGACGCCGAAGCCUCAUGGCUGCUGUCACAUCUCUUCGCUCCGCAAUGAUACCUCGGAGUCAGAUGCAAACUCGCCGGAAAAGCAUUAUCGAGCUGCAUGGAAUUCCGCCAAUCCUACGGCCGCUCCUCCGGGCCUAUUUCCUUGGCUAUGCUUCCGCCGUUGCCCCGAGGAUCCUGACAUUGUUGAUGCAAUACAUCACCAGGAAACGCCGCAAAACCUUAACUGAAAAUGGGCAGUGCAUUGGGUUUGUAACUCAAUUGAGGCGAAUAGUUCUUGCCGGCCUAGAUCCGCAGCGUUUCCCGACUUUUUGCGCCUUGAUAGUUGGCGGCAGUACACUGCUAGAGGAGCCUCUGCGUCGAUUAUUCGAGCGCAACGCGAAUGGUCUCGCCGAAGCAACCCGCACAAGGCUUGCCAGAUGGAGCGCCGCAUUCAUUGCUGCUUGGUUCAGUCUGCAACUUCUGCAGUCCAAGAAAAGCUCGGCUUUUACGGAGAAUGUCCCAGUCAAGUCUGACGUCCCUCCAGGAGCUAAACUGAAGGAAGUCCGGUAUGCCGGACGGACUCUUGACUUGACCCUUUUCACGUUAACGCGGGCACUCGAUGUUAUCGUUGGUGAACUAUGGGCUCGCAGACGCGCGCGCCGCAUUGCGGAGGGGAGCUGGACCAAGGCGGAGCGGAUCAUCGGCAGAUUCACCGACCCGUCUCUGUUUGUUACGUCGUGCGCAUUCAUCAUGUGGGCGUGGUUCUACCACCCCUCUCGGCUGCCCAGCGCCUACAACAAAUGGAUCAGCUCGGCGGCCAAUGUCGAUAUGCGGCUCAUCGAGGCUCUCCAAAAGCUGCGUGCCGGCGAGAUGGCCUAUGGCCAGAGCGGGCAGGCCGAGCUGCUCCAAAGCAUGUGUGAGAAGUACAAGUGGCCGAUAGAAUGGGGCGACCCGUCAAAGUCUAUCCCCAUUCCUUGUGAAAUGGUGCACAUGGGAUGCGGCCCCUCGUGCGAGCUUCAUGCCAUCAGUCGUUUCUAUCGAUCGUGGAAAUGGUCCAUGGCUAUGUACCUGCCCCUGAGCGUGGCGCUCCUCCUCCGGGGUCCGAUCAAUAGGAAGAGCGUCUUGCGGACGCUGGUCUCGGCUUCGCGGUCGGCGGCGUUCCUAGGCACGUAUAUCACGCUCUUCUACUACGGUGUUUGUCUAGCCCGGACGAGGAUUGGGCCUCACGUCAUUGGCAAGGACCUGGCGGCACGACAGAAGAUCGACGCGGGCAUAUGCGUUCGUGCCGGAUGCUGUCUGUGCGGCUGGAGUGUUCUCGUCGAGUCCGUCAGCCGCCGCAAAGACAUGGCUCUUUUCGUCGCUCCGCGGGCCAUGGCCACGCUAUUGCCCAGACGGUACGGCAUGGACAAGCAGUGGAGGGAGACGCUGGUUUUUGCCGCCAGCACGGCGGUCGUGUUUACCUGCAUUCAUGAGAACCAGGCCCGUGUGCGAGGCGUGCUGGGUGGUGUUCUGGGAUUGGUAUUGCGCAACUAGAUAGACAAAAACACUGUCAGAGGCAUACGCAAACCGACGUGGCUGCAAACUUUUGGGUAUACUGGUAGAGGAAAAGAAUGGUUAGAGGGACUUGGAUGCAGUAUAGAGCGCGGAGAACAUGGUCGACCAUUGUAGUGCUUUUUUCUACUGUUAUACGUUGAUUGGGUAGAGUAAUCAGGUUUUGGAGCUCUGGACGAAUGUAGGUUAGAGGGAGGCGGAAGCUCUAGAGAACGUUUUACACCAAACACGCGUGGUCC